AUGGACGUCUUUUCUAAGAUGCCAUCAUUGGUACUUACCCAUAUUUUCGCUCAAAUCCAGUCCGAAAGAGAUAUUCUGCAACUUAUACGAGCAUCGCCAGAAGCACUUCGACACUACGUUCAGUACCGUCGGAGUAUCAUGCGACAUAGAAUUGCUGAGAUUCUUGCUAUUGACUGUGAUGGAUGUAUUAUCCAAGAUGCUCAAGCAGUCAUUCACUUUCCCCCUAUCGACACUAACUCGCCCGUAUCCCCGACAUCUAUGCUCGCCAUUACCCGAUGUCUCGGCUCAUGGAAAGACCAUCGUUUUCCGGAGUAUUCAAGGCAGUACGACGCAGAAAACAUUUCCAAACUCUACCGCUUCUUCUCUCGGCUAACCACAUUCAUCGAAGAUUAUCUUGCAAAGUCCUUGGAUCUAUUUCCUGCCCGAGCUUGUAUGGCGCUCCCGGAAAUUUCGUCAAUCGUCCCCAGAAUGCAUUUCAAAGGUCGAGAUGUUGAUGUCGAGCCUGUGGCUUUUGGUGCCAUGAGGGAACCUGAGAGGCGUCGCCUCCUGCAGGCUUUCGUGAGGUACGAGCUCCUCUGCAAGGUCUACCACCCGAAAGUAUGGCCCUACUUGGAGGGAACUACAUAUGCGGAUAUCGUCACCAGCUCACAUGAAAGGCUCAGUCUCAAAGACUAUGAGGCACUCUAUUGUGUUCACGAAUACCUGAAGAGCCUCUAUGGUGCUGUUUUUGCUCAAUGCCAGGACUCCUGGUUUCCAGAUCGGCCGACUUUCGAGGUCGAGCCUGAGACCCUUGCCUCUUGCAAAAACUACGGACUGCUCUUCCCUGACAAUGUCUACUUCGACAUGCAGCAGUACUCAUGCGGCUUAAUGAAUGGGAUGGUGAGAGACAUCCUUCCUUGUCUUGGAUUUGACCUGCUCAGCUCUGUACUUAUAUCUCUGGCAACGGAUGGCACGAAUGGUCAAUACCUCAGGAAGUGGUUCGAUGCUCUUUCGUACCAAUAUUCUACGGAUUGUACACCUUGGACAUCAAAUCCCCACUUCGUUGGGCGUCGCAAAUCCCUAAGUGUUGAUGAUACGGAUAUCUGGGAUUGGCAAAUGCGGAUGGAGUGUUACAUCGAUUCGUUCAGGUUCAUACCUGGCGUCAUGUAUUCGCCUCUUCCAGAAAUGGAUAUUGAGCAGCAGAUCCGACAAUUUCGCAUCCAUAAUAUGCAGCUCAAGAUUUUCCGUCAACGAGCCUGGGUAUUCUUCGAUGACUCUAGAAUGUCCACUAUCCCAAGCCCCCUUCUUCCGUCAUGGAACGAGCUUGUGAGUGAAGAGGAGUCGACUAAAAAUAUAGCAGCCCUAGCCCAUCAACGAGAUAGGCGGAGGUCACAGAAGUGGCAAGAUUACUGGUCUGGACGGACCCUGGAUCAUCCAUUCGAGCAGCACGAGGAAGAUACGGAUACCAGAGAACUGGUUGCUAAUGUGACGGGUAACCGGCGUAAUGUCCCGCGUUUCUUUGAAAAGCCAUAA